CUUGAGAACUACCCGUGACGGCAGGAGACCUCUGCAGUCAUGUCGGACGCGCCCGCGGAGAGGAGCUCCGCUGCACCGACGCGCUUCGGACAGUGUGCCUACACAGCCGAGGAGCAGGAGGCGGUGAACAAAGCUCUGUGACAGAAGCUGGGACCAGAGUACAUCAGCAGCAGAAUGGCUGGCGGAGGACAGAAGGUUUGCUAUGUGGAAGGGCAUCGUGUAAUCGGCCUGGCCAAUGAGAUGUUUGGGUACAAUGGAUGGUCUCACUCCAUCUCUCAGCCGAUGUCGACUUUAUAGACAUCAUCUACGGGACGGGAAGUUUUAUGUCAGAGUGAGCGUGUUUGUCAAAGUGCAACUGAAGGAUGGGGCGUACCAUGAGGAUGUCGGGUACGGGGUCAGCGAAGGACUGAAAUCCAAAGCUCUCGCGCUGGAGAAGGCGAGAAAGGAAGCCGUCACAGACGGCAUGAAAAGAGCACUCAAAUGCUUCGGUAAUGCUCUUGGAAUCUGCAUCCGAUACCUUAUAGCCAUUAACAACAUUCCCAAACAGCCUCCUCCUCCUCUAGACCCGGCAAAGACGAAGCGCUGCGAGAGAGAGCCCUCCGUGGAGAAGGCCCGGUACUCCAGCAUGCUCCAAGAGGAAAGGCUUCAAUCCGCUGCGGGUUCUGGGAGGAUGCCGCUGGACCCUCGAGUCCUCAACCACAUCCAGAACUAUUCAGAAGUUUACACCCCGGAUGCUGCCGGCCCCGCUGACAGGAAGAGUGACGACAAUGACUCCAACCAUGGACUCAGUGAAAGUUGGCAUGUCACUGGAGCACACAGACCCCAAACAGCUGAGAAAGCUCCGACAGCAGGAGCUUCAGCAGAAGUUCAGGAGAGAGAUGGAGAGCAGGAAGCUGCAGCAGAUCCCGGGUCAAUCCAAGUGCGAGGACACGCGGGGGAUUACUGGACGAGCCUCUGCUGGAGGUCUUGAAGAUGAAGGCACUGCACACAGGAAGCCAAGCGGCAGGGACGAGCAUUUAGCAGGUUAUGUUAGCCGCCACCAGAAGGCUCAACAUACUCUGACAUCGUGAUGAUCCUGAGCUCUGGGAUUUCUCUCUGGAUGGGAUCGACCUGCUGGACGUCCCUGCCCCCAGGGGGCUGGUACGGGGCACGCCCAGCAACCACAAGAUGCAGACCCCCACAUCAGAACCAGUACCCGGCCCAACCAGGUGAAGCAGUCAGUCCGCGCCGACAAGGACAGCACAUGAAGAAAUGCAAACUGGACACAUGAGAUCUUAUGUUCCACACCGUUCCAACUUAAUUUUACUUGAGUUUUUUUUUAUUUUAAGUGUUACAUUGUUACCUUUGCAAUAAAUUACUGCCAAUUGA